AUGGAGUCGGAAGGACUUAUUGUCAGCGAUGAUAUUCGAGAUGCACGUCGUCAGGUCGCCAUACUUCACCUCCAAAUAGCCCGUAUGGAUGAUGAGCGGAAGGAGCAACUCAGCAAUCUCGAAACUCACAUGCAUAGGAAGCAAUCUCGCACCGAACGCUCGCAUCAGGAGCAAAUAAAUCUUCUUCAGGAAGAUCUUCAAGUAGUGCGCAAUGAGCGCAACCGAAUGAUGUUGGAGCUACAGGCCAAACUUGCGAGCAUUGAGAAAAGGUACGCGGAGAAGGAUGGGGAGUUGAGAAAGGCGAGGUUAGAAAUUUUCCAACUGCGAGUGGAAAGAGAUGAAGCUCGACGAUAUGUGAAGGGUAUGCACGUGGAACGAGAGGGUUUUUUGACGCAGCAUAAGAUGAAACCUGGCGAAGUCCCCGGAGAUCUCCACAAGGUCGACUCUCCUGAUGAAGACGUGAAUAUUCACCCGGAGCCGCCCCUAUCAUCUACCAGGCUGAAUAUUAGUACCUUGGCGAUUUUAUCCAACGACUCCCAGAGUGAUACGAAAAGUGACCAGGGUGGUAAAGAGUGUCCGGCAGAUCUUGCGCGUUCCGAGGGCGCCCCAGAUAUUUCUCUGGUUUCCUUUGAAUCUCACUGCCUGGACGAGACGACUGCUCCCCAGCUUGAUAUGCAGCGCCAAUUUGUUCACCCCGAGAGACUGCACUUGGUUAAUAGUCCCCUACCCACACCCAUUGCUGUCGACCAAGUAAUGCUACCAGCCAAUGGAUCACCCUGUUCGCACCUUCCUAGGGAGCUUCCUCCCCACUUGCCGCCUGGAGAAGUCGAAACCGUGUCUGGUCAUCCUCAACAAGGACCAGAUCAGUUUGAACCCGUACUAGCGUUACCAUCUGCCUCCUUGAGCGACAUCACCCAAGCAGCUUCCGAAAAUCAAAGCGAAGCCUUCCUGUCAUUACAGCGCUUUAUCAGCGGCGGCCUUGCAUCAAUAUCGCCACUCUCGAAAGGUCGCUUGUACCUUGAUGCGCGUUCCAUGGUCUGCGCUGGAGACUGGCGCCGUUGCAAUUUCUGCUCCUCUUGGACUCCCCUGGUCAUUGAAUUAUUGCGUCACGGUUACUUCUUCCAGUGGAGAGACGAUGCAAUCUCUUCAGAAGUACCCGAUCUUCACUCUUUUCCAGGCUAUGCUCGUCAAACACCUAUCUUGACCAAAGACUGGUGGUCUCUAUCUUCGACACUUCCUUCCGCACAUUCACUCGGCAUACGUGACUUCUUGUCAUCUGCACCAUCCCCAUUUUUACUGUCCCUCGGAGGAAUUUCGUGGCGGCUGACUCUUCACUACGAGUCAAGCUCAUCAUUGGGGAAGGCUGCCAGUCACCCAUCGUUCAUGUCUGCGACCGGCAACCCCCCGACCAAGCGCGUAGAAUACGUCGGCGUCCCGAUGGACAAGCAGCUCCUCCCACACGAUCUUGACGUCCUCAUUGGACGUCUUCCAGAUGGACGUUCAUUGUGGCCCCCGCCACAUGUCUUUAGCAAAAGUAUGGCGUGGAAUGGGUCCUGGAAAAGUCAUAACGAAGACUGGUUUCAGAAGCGGUUGGGUGAGCUCCAGGCAGAGAAAAAGGUGAUUCCGUACAACGAAGUUCAAUGGAGGAGCAUUCUUGUUAGGGAUCUCCCUCGUGAUAAGCAUCGUUCGAAGUCAGCCGAGGGGUCAGUUGGAUAUGCGAUUCAGGAGCUUGGACGAAGACCAGAGUUGAAGGAAUAUGCUGUCAUUGAACUUGGCUCUGGGGCAGAAGUGUACCCAAAGAGAGACACGUCGAGUUCGAGACAUGAGGACUCUGGUUGGGAGAGACCGGCCAAAAAGCUGCGCAUAGGAGAGUAGGCUACAUAUUGUUGCGAAAGGGACUCGAUAGAUGAAGACAUUCUUGCUAUGAUAUGGUGUACAUUUUGGACCAAUAACUUCACACUGCG